AUGAAUUCCAAUGAAAAUAUAUUAAUUGCCGAACCCAUUGACCUUUUGUACGAACAAAGAUUGACUUCAGAAUCAGAUGAGAUUGAUAUAUAUUUGGGAACGCUUUCCUCUGGUAUAACACGGUGUCUGGAUGAGUUGCUUGCCAAAAAUGAAAUUAGACCUCUUGAAGCAUCUGAUCUUAGGCAGAAAUGCCUUUUUAUUGUUAAUCUAACAAAACGAACUCAGAAAAAUUGCCUAAAGCUGGAAAAUACGUUUGUUGAACUUUCAAAAUCAAUCAAACGAAUUAACAGUGCUAAUCGAAAAAGGGAUGAAUUCCCAGAUGGAUUUGAGACCGAGCCCCACAAUAUUCGAAAGCAAAUCCUUCGUGCUGAGAAUGAAGUUGAGGAAAUUAAUCUCAACGUAGAGUCUUUUGAAUACCAAAUUCGACUUUUACAAGAUGAACAGAGAAUACUUUCUAAGGAAGCCUCUAAAUAUCCAGACGAAGAGUUUACAAGCCUUUUGUUCGCAGGCACAGCUUUUGAGUCGAGAUAA